AUGAUCUCCGCCUCCCUCUCCCCACCCGCCUCCUAUAUUGAGUCAUGUCAUCUUAGUCAGAAUAGGUGUGAACUGCUCUAGGGCCCCAGGGCGAAAGGUUAGCAAAUCUGAAAGAGGCCGGACUCAGACACACCCGACACCACCUUUUUCUUGAGCUUGGACUCAGCAACUCCACCUCCUUAUUUGCGAGACCGGCUGGAGGCGGAGCUGCUUCCCCACUGGUCGUUGCCUGAACUCUCCAGCCCUUCCUGCACAACAGUCUCCAGCAGAGACAGGUAAGGAAGUAGGUAAGUCGGCAACCCUCUUCGUCAAGGUUCCGGGGGAAGGGGAAAGUUUCCCUGAAAAUGUUCUUUACCAUUUCGUACUAGCUUCUCAGUGUACUGUCUAUUCUCUUCUCCACACCCCCUCCCCACCGCCACCAUAUUGGGCUGUGCAAAUAAAUAAUUAAAACAUCCAUCAUUAAUGAAAAUUGCACUGUUGUGCAUUUUUAACCAGUCUUUUUUUAAAAAAUAAAUAAAUCUAAGCCUCUCAACUUGUGUUAUACACUUCCAUGCUUGUUGGGGCAUGUCUAGCCUUGAGGCCAAAAGAUAUUGGCAGGCAUACACUUGGAGAGCCACAUCUUAAACUGCCUUUGAAAUGAAAGAGCUGGAGACGACAAGAAAAAAAGAGAGGGAUGGAGACAAGUAAGAAGAAGCAGAAUUUGAGCAGCAGCAGCUUAUAAUAAUUAUAAUUAUAAUAAUUUAUUAUUUAUACCCCACACGUCUGGCUGAGUUUCCCCAGCUUGAAAGCAAAAUAAAAUAUGGACCAACCAAUCCUAUGGGUCCACUUAUGCUGCCACAAUCUCAGUGUGAUUUAGCUGGUAUCCUAUAUACACCCAGUAAAAAAAUCAUCGAACAGUUCUUCUUUGGCAAUCACUCGGAGCUGAGUAAGAUUGUCUUCCAUGAACAUAGUCUUAACAGUGAGUCUGUAAGGGACUGUAGAGGCCAAUUCUGGAUUCCACAGUGGGGACAUAGGUUUCCGAGCAGGAGUUGAUCAAGGUGAGGGUUUGCCAAGCGUGCCUUCCUCUUAAUACGUUUCUCCCUUUCAUCCUGAGUUUGAGCGUCUUCAAAGCUCAUGACACCUUUGGUAAAGGCUGUUCUCCAAUUGAAGUGCUCGCAGGCCAGUGUUUCCCAAUUGUCAGUGUUUAUACUACAUUUUUAUAGAUUUGCCUUGAGAGAGUCUUUAAACCUCUUUUGUUGACCCACCAGCAUUACACUUUCCAUUUUAAAGUUCGGAAUAGAGUUGUUGCUUUCAAAGACGAUAAUCAGGCAUCCGCGUAACAUGACCAGUCCAACAAAGUUGAUGUUGAAGAAUCAUUGCUUUGACACUGGUGAUCUUUGCUUCUUCCUGUACACUGGCAUUAUAUAUCACUUGUCUUCCCAAGUGAUAUGUAAAAAUUUUCAGAGACACUGUUGAUGGAAUCUUUCAAGGAGUUGGAGACGGCAUUUAUAAGUGGCCCAUGUUUCACAAUCAUACAAUAAGGUUGGUAGUACAAUAGCAUUUUGGUAUUAAGCAAGCAGUUUCGUUUCCCUGCCAAUGUCCUGGUCCUCAAGUACUUUGCACUUCAAUUGGGAGAAAGUUGCAUUCGCAGAGCUGAAUUUCAGCAUCAGUGUCGGCCAUUGUGGAAAAAUAGCUGCCAAGGUAGGAGAAGUGAUCAACAUUUUCCAACAUUACACCAUUAAAUUGGAUUUGUGGCACUGCGGAGGGGUUGUUUUGUGCUUGUUGGUGCAGCACUUUGGUUUUUUGGAUGUCGAGCAAUAGACCAAGCUUUUUGUAAGCUUCUGUGAAGCUAUGUAGGAUGGUUUGGAGGUCAUCCUCUGAGUGUGCAAACACUAUGUUGUCAUCAGCACACUGAAGUUCUAUGACGGAAGUUAUGGUAACCUUACUCUUUGCUUUCAGUCUACUCAAGUUAAAGAGUUUGCCAUCUGUUCGAUAUAUGAUUUCUACCCUGGUGGAGAAUUUCCCCUCAACAGUGCAACUAUGCCAGCUACGCCCCCAAACAUAAAUAGCAGUGUCAUUACUAAUUCCCACUAAUUGCUGGGUGAACACAGCAAAAUGCUCCUGCCCAGCAGGACAGCAGAGAGGGGGCCAAUACAUGCAACAGGGUACAUCUUGUCACAGUGUACUACCAUAAGCACCAUAAACAUUACUUUCAAAUGUGGCACACCCAGUAAAGGCACAAAUACCCAGGUCCUAGGCUGUUCAUCAAUUCAGGUCCCAACAGGGGUAAAGGCAUGUGCUUAGAUUACAUGCAGGGAACACAAACAAGCAAUGGGAAAGCUGUAGGAAGCAAGCAACCCAGACAACACACACACACACAUACCCAAUGCACCAAUCAGAGUCCCAACUGGGAAAUGGCACACUUAUCAAUGAAUGGAUCCUUUUGCAAGUGCGGAUGAGAGAGCAAAAAGAUAACAGAAGUGAAGCCAAAGGGGCAAGCCCCAGGAAAAGCAAAUACUGUAGAGUGUUUGGCCAGCCUUGGCUUCAAUGGGAAUGUGGUGCCUGGGAUGGGUGGUGACCAGCCCUCCAUGCCUACUACAUUUAUGGUGUGAGCUUCAUUAACUACAAACACCAAAAUUUAGGAUUCCCACAAAACCUUCUGUAGGGUUUUGUAGUCAUUUUGUAGAGUUUUGUAGGCAAACUCCAUGUUAUGUAGGACCCCUCAAACUGAGCAAUUGAUACGUCAAACCAGGGUUUGUAGUUAAUGAAGCUCACACUCUCUCAAGCAACACCAUCAACAUGACCCUGUACUAUGUUCUCUCCACCAUACCCUCUCCCCUCGAUCCUCUCAUUGGCAGUGGGGACAGAGAAAAGAUGGAGGCCAGCCUGAACUAUGCUGAGCACUGCUUCAGCAGGUUUGUAGUUAAUGAAGUUUGUGGUGUGAAGUAUGUCAUCCUGCCUGUGGAGCUUUAGGGCCAGCAGGAAGUUUCAUCUCAGCACAGCAUCAGUACUUGUGUCCCCCUCUGUAACAGUGCUUGCCAAAUGUUUUCCCCCAUGGACCACUUGGAACAUUGCUGAAUGUCUCGGCAGACCACUGAAUUGUUUUUUCUGCCUGCUGUAGCAAUUGUAAUGUGCUGUGCUAGAUGCUGUAUGAUUUUUAAUUGUAUUUUAUUGCAUCUUUUAUUUCUUACAUAUCAUAUUUUAUUAUGUUACAUACUGUAAUACAAUAAAAUACAAUAUAAGUAACAAGAGAGGCAAUUAAAAUACAAUUUAAAAUCAAUAUGAAUACUUAAUGCAAUGCAUGUGCAUACUGUGGAUCACCUGAACUGAGCUUGUGAACCAUUGAUGGUCAGUUUGGGAAUCCCUGUUCUAUGGGAUACAUUGAUGCUGAGGGGAGGAAGUAUUGCUUCAGCAAUGGAGUUUGGCCAAGACAUUGUUGACACAUAUGGCAAGGGAAGCGAGACAGGCACCUGCAGCAUUUCUGCUUUGGAUUUCCCCCAUGCCUUUGUGAGAUGCUUUGUUCUUAGGUUUAUUUCCCAGGUUGGCAGCAUGGCGGGUUGUGCUCUCUUUUGAGGUUCUGUUUUAUUACAAAACCUCCUCUGGAGUUAUCAGAGGGCUGGGGUGAGAGUGGAAUCAGGAAUUGUGGGAUGCAAAGGAUUCAGCAUAUGUCUGCUUCUCCCUUUAAUGAUCCAUUCAUGUUCCUAUGUCCAUCUUGUCCCACCACUGGUGAAGUGCUAGUAUUUCCACAACAUUAAAUGGGCAUAUCUCCAAUGGCAGAGGUACGGUAUAUCCAGAAAUAUGCCAUUUUAGUUAGGGUUGCCAUACAUCCUGGACAAAGGUGGAAUUGACAUCCGGGGGGAUUUCUGAAAGGUGGUAUAAAAAACAAAAGCUCAACAACUUUGGGGUGUCCUGGUUUUUACUUUCUGACGUAUGGCAACCCUAGUUAGUGCAGUUUCUGCAAUAUCCUAAAGCUCCCUUAGCCACUGGAUCUGCAAUAUAGUAUUGCAUUCUGAGGCUACAGCCCUAAACAUGUUGGGAAUAAGUAUCACUCAGCAGAACUUUCCUCAAAUUACCGGUAGAUGUGUAUUGGAUUGUGUGCUAAUGUUCCAUUUGCCCGCUAAACCUCUAUGAUCUCUACCAUGAUUAUUUCAUAGAAUCAUACAAUCAUUGUGUUGGAAGGGAAUCCACAGGUCAUCUAGUUCAACCCUGUGGAAUGCAGGAAUCUCAACACACAGCCCCCCAUUCAGUUUGAAACUAUACAUCACCCUGCUUAGCUUUGCAAUAUGCUAGCAGUUUAGGAACCUUAAUUUAUCUCUUUCCUAGUUUACCUAAAUCAAGCCCUGAGGGUCAUCAUGGGGCAACCUUGCUAAGUAGGUCAGAAUCUGACCAGUGCAUUUGUGGUACACCAUAGGAAUCAUAUUUACACUACCUUGAGUUCCAUGGUGCUAGAGAAGUGGUAUAUGAAUAAAACAAAUGGUCUUAUAUCAGCCCCAUUGCAAAACUCAACCCUUUCAUCAUAAAUUACAUCUGGAAUGUUUGUGUUGUUCAGAAAUGUUUGGUUAUGUGUCUGUUGAUUUUAAUGGCUAUUUUUAAACAUCUGUUUAUUUCUAAACAUUUUAUUGUUUGUCGGGUUUGAUUUACAUGUUGGGGGAGGGAAGUAAAUUACUGUUUUUCUUUGCAUUCUCUUUACAUAUUAAUUAUAUUUGUCUUUCCUCUGCAGUCUUUUAUUAAAGACUGGAGACCUCUGUUUCUUACAUAGGAACACAGGAAGCUGCAUUGUACCAAGUCAGACUGUUGAUCAAUCUAGCUCACUGACUGCCAGUGGCUCUCCAUGGUUAAGGGCAGGGGACUUUCCCAGCCCUACUGGGGAUUGAACUUUAGACCAUUUGCAUGCGAAGCACAUGCUCCUACACUGAUUUUACAGCCAUUUCCCCAAUCCUUCUUGACUCCCCUUCCGUAGAAUUUGUUCCAUACCAAACAUUUAAAUAAUGCCUUUGUGACAUGCGUUUUCCAGUUCUUCUAAGGGAUGAUCUGAACAGCACCAAGUAUUCAAUGUUUUGCAUGCACCAUCAAUUUCCGCAAUGUAAUUGUGAUUUUCUUUUUAUUAGCAUAGUCCGCAGAUAGUUGCAAGUAGGGUGGGAGCUAGCCCUUUGAAGCCCUAGAUACACAAAAUGAGUAACUCAUCUUCCAGUAUCAGUGGCAGCAAAGAACCAGGUCCUUAUCAAUGUUUUCUAGCCCCCUCCCAGAAACCAAAGACUCCAGAUAACAAGACUUAGGUGGCUUGGAAGCGAACUGGCUGUGUCUGGAUGUCAAGGACUGUGUGUUCUAUGGCGAAGUGAAUGGUGAGGAACAAGGAGAAAAGAAUGUUGGAUGCAUUAGUCACUGAAUAACCAUCUUAACAUGAAACAUAUACUGUACAAACAUAUACUGCACAAUAUCAAGUACAGUAUAGACAAUCAGCCUGGUCACACAACCAAGUAUUAAUACAACCUUGUAUUUCUAAAUAUUGAAUUUCAAAAAUGUCUCAUUACCGCCUAUAAGAGCUGUUGCUUCAUCUAGGGUUUUCCAGUUUUACCACUUAGUGGUAUAUCAUCCUAAUUUUCACUAUAACUUAAAGCGUUUACAGGGCAGCUAGGUCACACUGAUGAUCCACCAAUGUUUGCCAAUGGUAGGCAUGCAAAGUGUGAAGGGGUGUGUGUAAACAGUUAUAGGAAUGUAGUAAAGUACUUUAUAUCAAACUGGUCCAUCUAGUUCCCUGUUGUCCAAACCAGCCUUUCCUAACCUGGUGCCCUCCAGAUGUUUUGGACUGUAACUCAAAUCAGCCCAAGCCGGCACUCCUGUCUUGGCUGGGUCUGAUAUGAAUUGUAGUCCAAAACAUUUGGAAGCCACCAGGUUGGGGGAGGUUUGUCUACACUAACUAGCAGAAACUGUUCGGGAUUUCAGGCAGGGGUCUUUCCCAGCCCUAUCUGGGAAUGCCAGGAAUUAAACCUAUAACCUUCUGCAUAUAAUGCAUGUGUUCUAGCCACUGACAAGCUGGGCAUGCUAGAAAAAUGUGGCCUUAAAACACAUUCAAAGCAUGUUUCUCCUGCAGAGAAUUCUAGGUAUUGAAUUGCUGGGAACUUUUAAUUUGUAAGGAAUGAACUCUAGUGCCCAGAAUUCUUGAAGGGGGGAGGUGUGCUUUAAAGAUGGACUUUAAAGGUAUAGUGUGUAUUCAGUCUAUAUGUCAACCAUGGCAGACACUGGUUGAACAGGAGCCUACGUGCUGUGAAAAGUGGCUUUGAGGAACAUAUGCUUAUUUUUUAUACCAAUUAUACCUACUCUGUGUUUUAUAGUUUUUAACCAACUGCUGGUCCUUCUCUGUCACAUUUUAUCUUUUUGAAGCCUUCAGUAAGAGAUCUUGCAAAAGUACUUUGAAAACCCAAGUAUACUGUAUCAACUGGAUCACCUUUAUCCACAAAUAAACUGAUUUAAUUCAUUCACAAGCAGUGGUUAUUGUGACACUUUAGCCAUCACAUCCGAAAUAUCCCAACACUAUUUGUGAAGUGAGAUUUCCCUUACCCUUUGUUCGGACAACACUUUUCAGCAAUCUUUGUUUUAGCUACAACAUGAGCAUCAGGGCACAAGGCCUUGUCAUCUAGAAGCAGCUUCUCAUACUGUUACUUUCCUGUGAGGAAGGGCUGGGAAGGAUUCCCUGUCUGAAAAGCUGGAGAGCUGCUGCCAGUCAAUACUGAGCUAGAUGGAGAUAGUACUGUAGCAUAGACGGUACUGAGCAUUAGAAGUCAGGUCCCUGUGUUCCCAUAUGGAAAUACUCUCUCCCUCUCUCUCACUAAACACAGAAGUUUAUUGGAAUGCAUUGAAGUACUAUUUAACUGUUUUUCAGGCCAGGAGUGCAGUAUUGGGAAUACUGUUGCAUGCAACAGCAUGAUCAAUGUAUUUGUGGUGCACACAAACACAACACUCAGCAACACCUUUUGCAGCACUUUAUACCAGCAGAGGACAAUGACUUGCUCAUGGGACGGGGGGGACAACACUAGUGUAGCAAUACUCUUGUACCGACAAGAGACUAGUGCAGCCUUAUGCCCACAGAGCAAUGCUUACAAAAGGAGGAAAAGUGGAUGAAGCAAAAGCCCUCAGGCUACCUGAUGCACCUUUUUGUGAUGGCAUAAUGCUAUGCCUUAAAAAGAGGUGACAGGUACUCUGGUGAAAGGGCACUUGUACUAACAACAGUGAGUCAAGAUUUACAGCAAAGUGAAAAGAACAUAUUACAGUGGUACCUCUAGUUACGAACUUAUUUCGUUCCAGAGGUCCAUUCUCAACCUGAAACUGUUCUUAACUAGAGGCGUGCUUUCGCUAAUGGGGCCUCUUGCUGCUGUUGGUCCGCUGGCACACGAUUUCCGUUCUCAUCCUGGGGCAAAGUUCUCAACUCGAGGUAACUCUUCCAGGUUAGCAGAGUUUGUAACCUGAGGUGUUUGGAACUCGAGGUACCACUGUACUAACCUCUGUCUUCUCCUUUUCAGAACCUGUACACCUCUGGAAUCCAAAUGCAAAAACCUGCCAGGAACCCUAGUGCACAGCUGCAACUGGGACAGCAAGAACAAGGCACCCCGUGCAGGUAAACCAGGGUUGAGAAUGUGUGACACUCCAGAAAAUGCGAGAGAACUCUGCCCCUAAUCCAUUACACAUUGGCUGGGGCAGAUAGGACUUGGAUUCCAGCAACAUCUGGAGAGCCGCAGGUUCCUCACCACUGCUGUUGCAGGACGUUAAUCCAUAUAUCCUAUUCCUUCUGCAGUACUAUUUACCACUUGGCUCCCAUGUAGAUCCUAGUGUUUAUUUUAUUCCUCUGAGCUUCCUAUUGUUUCUGUUCUUUCUUGUCUCUUCCUUGCAAAAAGCUUGUCCCCACCCCCAUACAGGGACACCAAUAGAUCUGUAUUGUGUAGAGUGUUUCAAGAGAAUUUAAACUGUCAUGGAGCAUUAUAUCCACAGUGACAAUCAAAUCAUUAUCCUAGAAAACCAGUGCUUUCUACAUGCAAGAUUUUUACCCACUGGGCUAUACAGUUGUGAUUAGAAUGGCAAUCCUGUCUGGCCUGUUUGCAGGCUGUGUGUGUUUGUGCUGCCAGGAGAUUCAAACCCCUUUCCACAGCUCUGGGGUUUGGGACGAUAAGUGUCAUAUUUGCCAGCUCGUUGCACCAUGGUGGCCUCUGCUGGAAAAGGCACUGUGUUGUAUGUCUGCCCUGUUGUCAAUUGUGUGUGGGGUGUGUGAAUGCCAGGUUGGAUGGUAUCCUAGCCCGUCGCUCUCCACUGAUUGGUGCCUUCCCUACAUUGCCAAUAUGGGGCAGUGGCAGCAAGCAACCUCAUGAUUCACGAGAUGCAGCAAACUACCAAGAGUGCUGUGUGAAUGUCUUUUGGUGUUUUUAUAUUGGCACAUAUUUCUGCAGCUAUUGUGCCUCUGACAUAGUUGCUAGGUAUGCACAGGAUGGUUACUAGGUUACAUUGGCAGUAGCCCUGAAGUAGUAGCCACCAGAAUAGCAGGACCAUAUAGUGAUCCUGCCUUGUAAAAUAUAUAUUUUCCUAUGCAGAGAUUAUCUUCAUGUAGAAAAAUAAGUGUGUGUGAAGUGGCCCUUAGCUAACAGCUGUUGGUAUUCCUAUUCUCCAUUAAUGAGUAUAGUCCCUACAUUUGCAAAGGUAGUUGGUCACAGCAGCAAAUGGAAAAUGAGAUUGUGCCAUCUGGGUACUGUCUACUCGUUAGAAGUGUAGAGGGGAAAAAGCUGAGAAUGUGGUGUUUUAAUGGUGAUGGAAGCAUUACAUCUUAAUGUCACACACAUAAUUAAUAAGAUUAAAAGAGAUAAGUAUUCUAAUGAAAUUGCCCUCUUUAGUUUGGGACAAGCAGGAAGAGAAACUUGUUAAAGAAGCUGAACUAAGGUAAAACAAAGAUGUCACAGGCAGCUUCACUUGGGAUAGCUAGCGAUGUAAUCGGGCCAAUGAGAAAAAGGAGCAAAGCCACAGAAACCUGUGACUCCAGAUAAGUAAAUAAGCUGCAUGUAAUGGGGAGUGCUUCAUUUAGCCCCAGCAUCCUUAGUAGGUGAGAAGGCCAAUAAGUAGCUGUGCCAACACUCUGGCACCCAUUACCCUGAUGUGACUGCUUCUGGUGGCUAACAAAACUUGCCUACCCAUGUGAAUUCAGUAAAGCUCAGAUGAGCAUUGACAUCCACAUCCACAAAUGCAUCUGCAUCAACCACACAUUAGGAUAUCUUUUCCUGGGACUGAGAUGCUUGUUUUCUGCCCUGAUCAAGUCCUAUAAGGAAACUGAUCUGGAAAGCAGCCCCACUCCUCCAUUCAGAGCCUUCAAUCAAUUUAUAAGCUGAGAAACGGAAGCUCACAUCUCCCUGAAGUCUCAUCCUCUGUGGAAGCCCGUGGACAGACAGGUAGUGCUUGAAAAUCCUGGUGCUUGCUGCAUGGAAAGAAACUCAAUCAAUUAAAUUUAUAAUGGUAAUAACUGAGUUUGUAGUCAUGGCCAAUGUCCUCUGAAUACAACUAUCAGUCUCUGCUAAAGAUCUUACCAUAUAAAUAAAAGGCAACAGGCAGAUAUGACAGACAAAUUGGAGCACAAGAAAACAAUGUUUUAAUACUAAUGGGCUAACAGCAGGCUGGCUCAGCAUAUCAGCUCCCUGACUAUGGUCAGAUUUUUAAAGCAAUUCUGUUGGUGCUCUGUAUGAGAUAAGAAGGGGAAAGGAAAUGCUUUUAUGUUAAUUAAUGCCAGUGCCUACUUUAAUUUGGCUUUUGGAAAGGAGCACUCUUUAUCAUGUAUACCCUAUUUACUCUGUCAUAGAUCCAUAGCAUGGAGCUACCACAAUUUUAAUCCAAAUAAACGAACAGCAAAAGGGUUUUUGUGCACAUUCAGUUCCUAAAUAUUAAUAGCUUAACCAUUUGAAAAUUGAAUAAUAGAAGUAGAUGGCUUUGAGGAAGAGGGAAUAGUGUGGGAGCUGUUGGUUUGGCCCUGUCUCAGGUCAGCAGAAACCAAAAGCUAUUGCUCUCUGAUGAGUAGGUUACACAUUUAUAAUAAAUGAGACAGUGAGUUCAUCCAAAUUCUUAAUGAGGAAAUAUUCACAUACUGCACUCUGGGAACAACUCUGGGCAUUUCAUAUGGAAGAUAGAUGACAGCAGGGUCCAAUGAGAAUGAUGUCCACAUAUUCUGAACUCCUCUUUGAUUAGAUUGAACUUCAUUGCUUGAGUAUUACAGAAAUCAUGUCAAUGUAUGUACCAGUUUCAGAGUGCAUAGCUUUCCUAUCUGUCCCUAGAAUUUUACAGACAUUCCCUUACUUAUUGAUGCCAUUUGCAGUUUUACUUUCUCCUGUGUUCUUUUUGCUUGUGCAAAUGAAGCAUUCUCUUUGCCACUUCACAAGUGCUGGUGAUUUUCAUGUACCCUGUGUGUCAUUAUGCGUUUCAGGUAGUUAUCAUUCUAUUUUUUAAAAAAAUAGUUUUCAUUUAUAUACAUUACGACAAUUAUUUAACCAUAAUUUUAACAUUUUCAACUUCAACUUCCUCCCCCCUCUUUCUGCAGCUCCUUACAUUUAUUUUUGUCCUUUCCUGCAUACUCCAAAUUGCCUUAACUUAUUCUUUUAUUCAUCUUUUCACACACACACACACACACACACACACACACUCUGCAGGUUUUUACAAUAAUCCUGCCAAUGUCUUGAUCUGUUUACAGUUUGUUUGUACAUGCUCAAUAAACCAUUUCCGUUCCUUUCUAAAAAGUUUGUUGUCUUGAUUUCUUAUUCUUCCAAUAAGUUUUGCCAUUUCUACAUACUCCAUUAGUUUCUGUAGCUAUUCUUCUUUCAUCGGGACCUCUUCAUCCUUCCACUUUUGGGCAAAUAACAUUCUUACAGCUGUUGUCACAUACAUAAAUUUCUAUAUUGUUCAGAUAGUUCUAAUCCCAUAAUUCCCAAGAGAAGAGCUUCUGGGAUUUUUUUAAUGAAUGUUAUCUUAAACAUCUUUUUCAAUUCAUUAUAUAUCAUUCCCCAGUAAGCUUUAACCUUAUUACAAGACCACCACAUAUGAAAAAGUGCCUUCUUUCUCUUUACAUUUCAAGUUUCCCAUCCAAGUUAUUGUUUUCUGCAAUGUUUCUUAUGUAUGGAGAUGAGAUUGCUUGGUUUUGUUUCCCAUCUUCUUUUGCUACAUUUGUCAAAAGAAAUGUUCAUGAAGAAGAAGUGAUUAACAGCGGACCAGGCGAGAGAGAGAGAGAGAGAGAGAGCAAGCACGGUUGAGUUUUUCGUCUUGCAGGUUGACACCACAGCAGAAGUGACAUUGCUAUUUGAAUCUGUGAUUUCACAGUGUUUGUGUAUAUGAGUAAGUGGUGCACAUGAGUAAGCCUGAUUAGUAAGGUGAGAAUUGUAGUUUUAAGGUGUAAAAAAGAGAAAAUACCUGGCAGCUAUUAAUCAAGAAUACAGAGGGGGGAAAUAUUACUACAGCCUAUAUUAACAGAAGCAGGGCAAGAGUGGCAGGUUAGCAAGAGAGAACAGUAACAACAGCAGCACUCUGAGCAGUUCAGUCAUGGCCUACAAAGUAAAAGAGACUUCUCUCCACCACCCCCAGCAAACUUUUUCAGAGUGGAGCUGGAGCCCCAUCAAUAUAUAUACUUACGCAUGGGAAAGUGAGAUGCUUUUCAUACACCAGAAACUCUUGUUCUUUUUAACCUAUAAAACUGUGGCUUCUCAAAGGAUGACUUUCUGAAUACUUCGUUAUAUAUUUGAAACUAUAGGGCCAUCUGUGAUGUAUAGAGCUGAACAUAUGACAAUUGUUUUAAUAUAUCUGAAACAGAAAAAUACUGAGUUGGGCAGAAACCCCAAGACCAGGAGUGGGGAACUUACAUAUUAUGCCAUAUGCUUUCAUGGACUAGACUCAGUUUCAUACAGUAAAGCAGACUCUACUCCAGGAAAGCUUUAUACCAUAAUAAAUUUAUUCAUCUUAAAUGCACCACUAGACUCCCUGUUGUUUUCGCUGCAACAGGCCGAUGUGGUUAUCUCUUAGGAAACUACAUAUUAUUUAUUUAUUUCAUUUCCGUUGUGAAUCGCUUCCCAUAAAACAUCUUGAAUCAAUUUAACAAUGAAAACAUCACAAAUAAAAUAAAAUCAAAAUCAAAUUUAAAAACAAUUUCUAGUCCAAUGCAAAUAGACUGAGAUGAAAACAUCCGCUUAAAAUAUGUGUUGGAAAAGUAAGGUUUUCAAUAGGUGCUGAAAAGAUACUAGAGACAGUACCUGUCUGAUAUGUAACAGGAUGCAGUUCCAAAGGUUACGCACUGCCACACUAAAAGCAUGAUGUCAACAACCUAUGGAACAGACCUCCUGAUGAGGAAGCGUCUGCAGAAGCGCUGUGAUAAGUUGCAUAUAUAGGAAGUGAGAUGAUAUUUUAGGUAUAUUGGUCCCAAGCUGUAUAGUUACCAGCACCUUAAACUUAGCCCACUAGCUAUUUGGCAGCCAGUGCAGUUCUUUUAGCAUUAAUGUAAUAGGAUUGUGAUAUUCUGCCCCAGUGAGCAGUCAAGCUGCCACAUUUUGUACCAGCUGCAGCUUUUGAGUCAAGCUUAGGGGCAAACCAAAAGAGCACAUUGCGGUAUUUCAUCCUGGCACAUGGAUGACAGCGAUCAGGCUAUCCUGGUCCACAAACAGCCAUAGCUGCCUUACCAGCCAAAGUUAGUAAAAUGUGCUCCUAGCCAGUGAGGUCACCUGUGCCUCUAGGGACGGAAACAGAUCCAGGAGCACCUCCAGAUUAUAAAUCUGCUCCUGCAGGAUGAGUAUGAUACAUGCAAUUGACCAAUUAUCCAGACUCAGAAACCACUCACCUACAACACUUGUAUCUUGCCAGGAUUCAGACUGUUUGGUUCAGCCUACCACCAAGUCCAUACUCCAGUCCAGGGUCUGUUAAGCCUCUCCUGAUUCAGAUGUUUUGGAGAAACAUCUGGGCACCAUCAGUGUACUGAUGUUCUAUUAACCUCAGUUCUAUUAAUGACCGUUCCUAACAGCUUAAUGUUAAAUAGCAAUUAACUAUUCGGCAUAGUGGGAUAGAUGUGAAAUGUGUUUUCACAAAUAUUAGAUUAUUUGCGCAAAAACAUGUUGUUUAUAUGCAUAUAUUUAAAAACUUCUUAUGGCUGCAAUUAUAAGCCCAUUUUAUUUAUAUGGAAAUUCUAGAGUUUCUUCUACAUAAAGCCACAGUUCAAAACUCACCUAGUUGUAAACUGGGACAAACUCAUAUCUGUCAGCCUGCGUCCUCAUGUACAAUAUAUUAAUACUGAUUACCUCCCUUAGUAACUGCAUUGUUGUAAGUCAUAAAGACAAUGGGUUGUCCUCCACUAAGCCAUACUCUGAGUAGACCCAUUGAAAUCAAUAGAUUGUUAACCAUUUAUUUUAAUAGGAUUAUAGCCUAAAUCGCUAAGCAUUCUAUUAUUAACUGUAUUUAGGCACUUGGCAUGAGACUGAAUGCUAAAUACUGUACAUAAGACAAACAUUAUAUGUGCAAUGGUAUCUAGUCUUCUUUCAAACCAUUUUUUCUAGUGAAUGGGUUUUUUGUAAUAGUUAGAGUCUUUCACCAGCUUUUAGGGUGGUUGAUGCAGUUUUCUGGACUGUGUCACAAGUUUCUGAUCCAAUGUUUGAAUUUAUUCAUGCUGAUGCAAGGGAAUGUUUCCAUCUGUGGCUUCCCUUUGCAGUACAUCUUGAGGACCAUAUGGCUGUGUUUGGCAUUUCAGCACCUUUUCAAUGUUUUCCUGUAGCUUUCCCACCUCCUGCUGUAGAAGAGACUUUGGGAAAUCUCCUUGCUUCUCCUGGGUAUCAUUAAAAGGCUUUGUGUUGUUAGUGUUUGAUCAUUAGAUCCUAGAGAAGUGAUAGGUUUGCAGAAUAAACCCUAAACAUUAGAAUCCAGACUAUAUUAACCAGCAGCAAUAAUUCAUCUGUGGAUAUUUCUUCCUAGACUUGUCUCUAGAAGAACAAUCUGGAUUAUGAUUAAGGUUGUAAAAUGGGACUUUGAUGCAUGAGUUUCAUUCCUCUUUGAUGAAUUAUUUGCAUAAAGGAUUAUGGUACAUAUUUAUAAAAAAAACGCUGACAAGACAAAACUGGAUGAAGUGCAUACAGUUUGAAGGAUAGGAUUACAAUGAGAAUAAUCACGAUAAAUUGUAAACUUGAACUGAAAACACAAGAAUGUGCUAAAAAUGAUAAUGUUAAACAUAACCAAAUGCCGAAACACAAAUUGAAGGGAUACAGACAGUAGCAAAUGAAAAGGAUCUGGGGCCAAGUUGUUAUAAGCAUGUGGUUGCAGUAUGUCAUAGCCACAGGCAUAGAAGGUAUAGCUUUCUGCUGCAUUAGCUGCUAGUGGUGUAGCAAACACUUUGUACCCAAAAUAUAGAAUUGUAGUAUUUGCUAGUCAUGCCUCAGCUGGAAAAACUAAGCCUACUUUGGGUCCCAUACUGGAAUGAAUAUUUAAACAAAUUAUUAAAGAUGGAAUAUGUCACUAGCCUUUAAAUCAGGCAUAGGCAAACUUGGCUCUCUCGAUGUUUUGGGACUACAACUCUCAUCAUCCCUGACCACUGGUCCUGUUAGCUAGGGACGGUGGGUGUUGUAGUCCCAAAACAUCUGGAGGGCCGAGCUUGCCUAUGCCUGCUUUAAAUAAUGAAAUGACUGCUAUAAUUACGAUAUACACCAAGAGGCAGUUGGUUUAUUUGUAGAAAUGUAAAUUUAAGCUAAACAUUGGAAAUCUUCCUCACAGAGAAAGUAGUUGGGUAUUAGCAGGCAUGGAGUAAGACUGUUGUAGAGCUUUUGUUGUUGGAAAACUUUAAAAACAACAACAACAACCCUGACUCAACAUCUUUUGAAGGUAGCUCAGCUAUAGGGAAUCCUACAAGAAGUUGGAGAAAAUAACCCCAGGGGUGGCUUCCAACUGUAUGAUUCUACAAUUACUAGCAGGGCAGUUUACUACUUCCUGACAAGAGUUUGGUCUCCAUGAACCUCCUGAGGCAAUGGCCGCUAGAAUUAGAUUUGGUUUGAAAUAUGACUUCAGCAAAAGAGUUAGGGGAGCUUGUCUGACUUGUACCAACCUGCAUUGGAACUUGGAGAGUGGAGCAUGACUUGCCAGAAGGCAGUGUUUGAAGGACACACCAGGCUGCGUAUGCUGUACUGGAGAAAUAGGCUGCAGUUCAGCAGAUCUGUAAAUAGUUCUCAGUUAAAUAGUUCCCAUAACACUCAGCUCCGCAAUACAGCACAAGACACAUGGAAUAAUUUUGUUGACGACUUGAAUCCUCAUUUUAGAAGUAAAAUAAGAAAACUCCUGCUGGAUCACAUCAAAGGCUCAUUUAGUUCAGCAUACCAUUCUCACAGUUGCCCACCAGCUGCCAAGCAGCACCUGAGCACAACAGCACACUCACCAUUUGCUAUUUCCACCAACUGAUAUUCAGAAAAGUGUAGUGUAUCAUGUAGAAUUUUUGUGCAGGAGAACCAGCCUACUUUGCAGGGUUAUUGAGGAUGAUUCAAACUGGGGAUGGGGGUGGGGUGGAAAUUGUAGUCUAAAUGUUCUUCUUGUGAGAGACCUGCAGUGGGUCAUCCAUAUAAUAUAGAAGAAGAGAGUACAUAAAAAAUAAUGUAUAAUGCAAAAUCAAGUUUUUGGUUACCCAAACAAGAAGUGGAAGGGGGGGGGGAGGAUUAUCCAUUUGUUUUUUGUUCUUAUUUUUAUUAUGUAUUUUGUGUUUUCUAUAUUGUAAUUUUAUGUUGUGCACCGCCCUGAGAUCUAUGGAUGAAGAGUGGUAAAAAUAAAAAUAUAAUAAUAAUGAUAAUAAUAGAACCACUAUGCAGCUGAACUGUAUACUAUGGUCUAGUAAUAGAUGCCAUGUUUAUCUGCACAUACUUUCUGACCGUAGCAGCAAGAUGGUCCAAACACAUUUUACAGGAAAUAGCACCUCCUCCCUCAAGUCAAGGGUCAUAGUGUCUAAGGUCAGCCAAGUUAUUUUGACAUCUAAGACACAAAAUCCCACAAAAAUCUCUCAGCGUCUCUGACUGUGCAAAUGCAACAACAAUAAAUUAAAAAUUAUUUUGCUGCCUUUUCAUGACACCCCAAAUCAGCUGCUUGAAGUGGCCACCUCACUCUGCCUUACUUUGCAGGGCCAGUCUUGCCCAGCAAAUAGGUAAUAUAAGAACUGAGCUACACAUAUGCGCACUGCUAAUCUGUUAAAAGGAGAGUUACAGCAACCUUCGCAGAACUUGGGAAGAAAAUGAUACGUUGCAGGGAGGGAAAGUUUGGAGGACACACCAGCCGAGAUCUUAUGUGUGCACUGUGUGGAUAGAUCAAGCUGAAGCAGAAUAGCUCGUAAAUACUUGUUCUCAAUAAAGAACCAGUUAAUUGUUAAGCCAUAGUCAGAGACCUCUAAUUAUUAAUCAGCAAGCACUGUAUGAAACAUUCCUGCCACUAGAGUAGAAAUUCCAUCCCAGUUAUCUUUAGAGAAGCAGGCCUGAAAUGAAUAAUUACCCCCCUUUCACUGUCUGUGAACUCUCCAUUUAUGGGCAAGUGAAUGAAUGAGAAACCCUAGAACUGUCAAUCCAUCACCUUUUCCCCACCCCAAAUUAAUUAGAAAUGUAAUCCAAGCUUCAGAGAGACUAAACUUAAAUAAUGAGUUAAGGAAGUGAUUGAAUAAACCCUUAGAGGGGCACAUCUUCUGCUGUACACAGCUUUUGCAUAGCCUGGCCCUAAAUAAGAACAGUGACCUGUGAUGAAAGGAAUUGCAUAUGUAUUGCAAACACUUCACAAGGUACAAAGCAAUGCUGCACAGGAAGCACCACUAGGGACACUAUAUUUUUAAAUCUACAUACAGGUAUUAGGGACUGCAGUGGAGUAGCACUGGCACGAACACAGCCUUUCUGUUAAAAGUGCAUACAGUAUAGCACUUGACUUGCCUGAAUGGACUCUCAAGCCUCCAUUCCCCAAUAAAAAUAACUUUAUAUGUGAUAUACAUCAAACAAUGCAGCAUUGGAACAUUAUCUGUUAAUGCAAAACAAACUGUUUUCACAUAUAGUCCUGCUUUGAAAGAGAAUAUGAUAAAAUAACAUAUAAAGGGACCCCUGACCAUCAGGUCCAGUCGUGACCGACUCGGGUUGCGGCGCUCAUCUUGCUUUAUUGGCCGAGGGAGCCGGCGUACAGCUUCCGGGUCAUGUGGCCAGCAUGACUAAGCUGCUUCUGGCGAACCAGAGCAGUGCAUGGAAAUGCCGUUUACCUUCCCGCCGGAGCGAUACCUAUUUAUCUACUUGCACUUUGACGUGCUUUCGAACUGCUAGGUUGGCAAGAGCAGGGACCGAGCAAUGGGAGCUCACCCCGCCGCGGGGAUUCAAACCACCGACCUUCUGAUCGGCAAGUCCUAGGCUCUGUGGUUUAACCCACAGCGCCACCCGUGUCCCAAAAUAACAUAUACUGCUCACUCAAAAAUUCUAUUACCGGCCUGUGUCAGAGUCAUCUGGCUGCCUUUCGUAAUAAAAGUCAGAUUUGCAUACUUUUUGCUCAGUAGUGUUAGAAUUCUAUUCUUUCCCAUGCAUCAGUAAAUAGGUUCUAAUUUCAGGCCCUGGCUGUGUCACAUUUACAAACAUGUGAAAUGCCUGUUUUGAACAAUAGGUGUUUUUGAUGUAAUUAGAAGUAAAUAUUUAUUUAUUACAUUCUUAUCUUGCUUUUCAAAUUAUUGUCUCCCAAAUCAGUUCACAUCAAUUAAAAGAGAGGAAGGAAAGGAGGCCCUGCCACCAGGCUUAUGAAUUUAAAAAGACAAGAUACAGAAGGAAAGGGGAGUGGAGGGAACUGGGACAGGAGAGAACAAAAUGGUGAGCUAUAAGAUGGGAAGACACGUAUCACAGAGAAGUAUUGGCCCUGCACAACUUUAUUUAUUUAUUGUCUUGCUUUUCUUUUAGACCCAAAAACUUAUUUACAGGGCUGCUGGUUAAUACAGAUGUAGCUUCUUAAUGUAAACUAAGUAAAUGUGAUGCUCAAAAGUCAAGGACAUAAUAAGUAUGGAAUACACAAAACAACAUAUUUAGAAAAAUCUAUUUUCAGAGUAGAGAUGCACUUUGUGGUUUGCUUGUUUGGUUGUUUUUUUCUGCUGCUGAUAAUUCAACUACAGAAAGGUAAGAGAACCUAAGUUUCUGUUCCCACAGCAACCGUAUCCCAGACCUCUUGUAUGCAGACAUCUUUUCUUGAAUUCCACAAUGGCUAUAGCUGCUCAUCCUGGGGCUACAAAGGUCACGGGAACCCCAGACACAUAGCUGCCAAUGUAGUUCUGCUCAAAAGGGAAAGAAAAAGAAAUUGAACACCGCAUGUCUGGGACAGGAGCGGGGGUAGGGGAAGUUGUUCUGUAGAAAGACCUCCUUCCUGCGAAGACUUACCUCAUGAAAUUAACCUUCGUACAUUUAGAACUGACAAAAGGAAAGCAUUUUCCCCACAUAACAUGCAGGAGAUGUUUUGUAUUCACCGAUGCCAGCCUCAACAAUGACUACCUGCGGAACAAGAUUUUCUGAAAUUAUCACAGAAAUUUAUGGAAUAUAUUACCUUGCAUAACUGCUGCAUCAGAAGAAAUCCAUCUAGCUCUUGCACGCUGUUGGCCAGAUGCCUCUGGAAACUCAUAAGCAGAACAAAAUUGCAAAAGCCCUCACCCAUGGUUUCCACCCAAGCAACUGGUGUUAAAUCAAAGGCAUGUUGCCUCUGGUCCUGAAAGUAGUAUAUCGCCUACAUAGCUAGUAGCCACUGAUAGACUUGGAAGUGAUGGGCAUUCUGUGUUUGCAGGCUAAAAGCUGGAAACACAGAGACAUGCUUGUUCUGUUCUGCUUUCCAAAGCUUCAACUAAUGGAGAAGCAAUAUCCUUUGGAGGUGUUAAUGCUGUGAGCCCCUCCGUCCUAUGGCCAGGUUGUAUAUAUGUGUGUAUAAAAGCAAAUAUCUUAAAAGACACAGUAUCCACUGACCUUCUUUCCAGGGAAGCUGAACCCAAGUCAGUGAUGAAAUCCCUGGUGUCUCUCACUGCCCAGAGAUUGGGGUGGCAUGUAACCGUAUUUCAAAUUUUCAGAGGGGUAGCAGUGUUUGUUUCCUGCAGUAAGAAACUUGGACCUUAAAGACUAACACAUUUAUUACACCAUAAGCUUUUAUGUACUACGGUCCUCUUUAUCGUAUGCAUGAAUCACUAUCAUGAGUUUAGGGGCUUACAAAGAGUGACGUCAGAAGAAAAUUAAAUGCAGAAACAUACAGAUGGUGGUGUGGCUGCAGCAAAGAUUAAUAUAAUGGUGUUAUGAUGCUUGGUACUUUAUUUUCAAUCCCUUCUCAUAUAUCAGUAUUUAAUUUGCCUUUUUCACAGCUUCAACACUGUGUUGGCAUUUUCAGCGUACAAGUAUCACAAUAAGUCCAAUCUUGCUUUCCUGGGGAAGUUCAGUCCAUUCAAUGAAAGUGUGUCGUUGUAA